AUGGUCAGAGGAGCCCGGCAACCCCAGCAGCCGCGGAGUCGCCUGGCCCCCAGACUGACUGGCAUAGUGGAGAAACCACCUCGAAAACGGAAAAGCAGGACUGAAUUUGCGCUUAACGAAAUCAUGUCCUCUGGAGGUGCUGAAGAUGAUAUCCCACAGGGAGAGAGGAAAACAGUUACAGAUUUUUGUUAUCUUCUGGAUAAGUCUAAGCAGUUGUUCAAUGGAUUAAGAGAUUUGCCACAGUAUGGGCAGAAGCAGUGGCAGUCCUAUUUUGGAAGAACUUUCGAUGUUUACACCAAACUCUGGAAGUUCCAGCAGCAGCAUCGACAAGUCUUGGAUAAUCGGUAUGGCUUGAAGCGGUGGCAAAUAGGGGAAAUUGCUUCUAAGAUUGGGCAGCUAUACUACCAUUAUUACCUACGCACGUCUGAGACCAGCUAUCUGAAUGAGGCUUUCUCCUUCUAUUCUGCAAUCAGACAGAGGUCAUAUUAUUCUCAAGUCAAUAAAGAGGACAGACCUGAGUUGGUCGUUAAGAAGCUACGAUACUAUGCAAGAUUUAUUGUAGUUUGUCUUCUGCUCAACAAAAUGGAUGUUGUGAAGGAUUUGGUGAAGGAAUUGUCAGAUGAAAUUGAAGAUUAUACUCACCGCUUUAAUACAGAAGAUCAAGUGGAAUGGAACCUGGUGCUUCAAGAAGUAGCAGCUUUCAUUGAGGCGGACCCCGUGAUGGUAUUGAAUGACGAUAACACCAUUGUUAUUACGUCUAAUCGCCUUGCUGAAACAGGAGCCCCAUUGCUGGAACAGGGCAUGAUUGUGGGACAGUUGUCUCUGGCUGAUGCACUCAUUAUUGGUAAUUGUAAUAACCAGGUUAAGUUUAGUGAACUAACUGUGGACAUGUUCCGGAUGUUACAAGCCCUGGAAAGGGAGCCAAUGAAUUUAGCUUCCCAGAUGAAUAAACCGGGAAUGCAGGAAUCAGCUGAUAAACCUACCAGACGAGAAAACCCCCACAAGUAUCUGCUGUACAAACCAACCUUCAGUCAACUAUACACAUUCUUAGCAGCAUCUUUUAAGGAGCUGCCUGCCAACAGUGUGCUUCUGAUUUACCUGUCAGCCACUGGCGUUUUCCCCACAGGUCGUUCUGAUAGUGAAGGUCCUUAUGAUUUUGGAGGGGUACUUACUAAUAGUAACCGGGAUAUUAUAAAUGGAGAUGCCAUCCACAAACGAAAUCAGUCCCACAAGGAAAUGCACUGCCUUCAUCCAGGAGACCUCUACCCUUUCACGAGGAAGCCCCUGUUUAUUAUUGUGGAUUCAUCCAACAGUGUCGCAUACAAGAAUUUCACAAACUUAUUUGGACAGCCACUAGUCUGCUUGCUUUCUCCUACAGCAUAUCCAAAAGCUUUACAAGAUCAAUCUCAACGAGGUAGCCUCUUCACUCUCUUUUUGAACAAUCCUCUAAUGGCCUUCCUAUUUGUCUCUGGAUUGUCAAGCAUGCGCAGAGGCCUAUGGGAAAAAUGUCAAGAAUAUCUUCGAAAAAUCAACCGUGAUAUUGCCCAGCUACUGACCCAUUCACGUUCAAUAGAUCAAGCAUUUCUCCAGUUUUUUGGAGAUGAAUUUCUUCGCUUGCUUCUCACAAGAUUUAUCUUUUGUUCAGCCACCAUGAGGAUGCACAAGAUUUUUCGGGAAACACGAAACUAUCCAGAAUCAUAUCCCCAACUGCCAAGGGAUGAAACAGUGGAGAACCCUCACCUCCAGAAGCACAUUCUGGAAUUAGCGUCCAUUCUGGAUGUUCGAAAUGUGUUCCUUGAGAGUACCAUAGAUGACUAUUAAAACAAAAAUCCUCUUGUUGAAACAAUUUUUCAUUUGCCACAGAUUUUACAUGGUGCCGUUUUUUAAUGUGAUGACAGACACAUAGUGGUGUUACUUAGUUUUAAUUUUUUAAUUUAAGGCCACCAUUUUAAAAACAAACUGAAAAAAUUGUUCAGACUUUUAGGGUAACUGUUUUAAAAUACAGUCUUUCAAGUCUUUUAAAAAACUCAAUUAAUCUUGGAAUUUUUACUUUUCGGUUUUGAAGUAUGGCUACUUACCUCCAACAUCUAUCCCUACACACAUAUAGGCAAUGUUCUCACCCUCAGAAGAGUAAAUCAUUUAUUUUUAUAUAAUGAAGAAAAUCCAACUCUUAUACUUGGACCUUAAAUGUGUGGAUUUAGAAAAUAUAUCAUUGUUCACAAAGAUGAAACUAGCCAGCAUGGACUAUUAAAAAUCAAGAACAGUCUUUCCAUAAUAUUUCUUUUCAUUCCAACUUAGUAGGUAGACAAAUGUGUGAUUCUUUGAAGCAUAAUCAAGACCAUUUUUGAAAUCAUUUAAUUCAUUAA